CAGCUUCCAACUAUUCAUCAGUAUACUCUCCUUUCCCUCCCUCCAAUGGAAGACAAUAUCCACACAACCUCAAAUUUUUAAGUUCGCUUUUAAAGUAAUGUUAUGUGCCAUUCUUUUUUUCAUGACUGAAAAAAUUAUCACACAAUAGUAGAUUCGUUGUCAACAAUGAAUUGUUUUAAUCCCCAUACCACGCGUCUGUAAAGUUUUUUUUUUUUUUUUUGGAGUUUUCCUUGGCAUGACAUGCUAUUUACAUCUGCGACCCUCUUUGAACACCCGUUGAACCUAUCGGUUCUUUUUGUUUUCUGGCCUGUUCAACAACCGCGUACCUUCUGUGAACUCUAAAUUUCUUCAUGUCUUGGUCACAAUAUCUGGUGGAUCAGGGUGCACUAGAGGAUGGACAAGCGGUUGCAAAGAGAGCAUACAUCGUAGAACACUUACAGGCGCUUCUCGAUAAGUUCACGGUAAGGCUGGCAACCCAGUUCCGUAUCCCGCAUGAACCAUGUCGUAUACUACCCUUUGGUUCGUACGCUAUUGGUUCGCACCUUCGAGCCUCCGACAUGGACCUCGUCUGUAUUGCGCCUCAUCAAGUGGAGCAUUUUACCUUCUUCCAACAGUUCCCUCACAUACUCAAAAGCGAAUCCAUCCAGGUUCUCGAGGUCGUACAUCGCGCUCCCGUACCUAUCAUCAAAUUCGUAAUGGACAAUAUACCGUGUGACAUGUCGUUUGCUCGCCUCCGCGCCACGACCUUGGACCCUCUACCCAAUCUCCUCGACGAUGCAUUGCUUGAAGGGAUAGACGAUGUGGAUAUGCGUAGUUUAGAUGGCCCUCGCGUCAAUCUGUAUAUUGCGAAAUUAGUUCGCCGACAACAUCGGGAUGCAUUGAGUUCGGCUCUUCGUUGUAUCAAAUAUUGGGCCAUCAAUCGCGGCAUUUACGGAAAACCAAUAGGGUACCUCAACAGUGGUACAUGGACACUUCUCCUCUGCAAAACCUAUUUGACAAGCAAUCGUAGUGAGCACACUUCGUCUCAGCUUUUACUUGACUUUUUCAAUCAAUGGUCUCAUUGGGAGUGGCCCAAGCCAGUGUUACUGAACGAAUUGCAUGAUCACGAUGGCCAGAGUAUUGAGUUUGAACAGCUUCCUGAAUUUCAAAAUGAUGUUAUGCCCAUUAUCACUCCAUGCUAUCCAUAUAAGAGUGGUAAUCCAUAUGCAACUCAGUUUAGUAAGAAGGUGCUUCAACGGGAAUUACAGCGAGCCUAUGCUAUCAUCACCGCUGAUGAAUCACCACAAUUCGUAUCCAAACUAUACAAACCAUUUCCAUUUGACCGUCAAUACAAGCAUUAUCUCAACAUCAUCAUGUUCUGUGAAUCGACCAAGCAGCAAGAAAAGUGGAAAGGCAAACUUGCGGCGUGUAUACCCAAGAUGCUGCAGCUAUUGGACACAAAUGAGAUGAUCACCUUUGCUCAUGCAUGGACGGAAUGUAGCACAAGUGUAUAUGCGUAUCGCACUCAGGAGGAGUUCUUGAAUUUGACCAGAGGCGUGUUUGUGGAUGAUCCGAUCGAUUACUACCGCACAAAUGAUCUGAAUCCUGGCACCCUUUUUCGCCUUGACUAUUAUAUUGGCUUGGAGCUCUCGCCAUCGGCUAUCGACCCCAUCCAUGGGUCUGUAUUAGACCUAGUAAGUCAGACAGAGCAAUUCAUUCAAGAAGUUCAAUCCAAGAUGGUGAAAAGUGAUCAAAAUAUCAAAAUUCUGGUUAAAGCUGUUAAAAGACGAGGCGUAAUGCUUUCCAGUGACCGAUGAAAGGAAUCACAGUAAUGAGGAGCAAAUAUGACAUGCUUGUACAUAGCAAAUUAUAAUAAGAAUCCAUGUCAUGGUUGUUCCUAUCGUACUGUCGCUGGUGCAGGGUGACCAUACAUAUGUCACUUUUCUAUUGCCAAUAGGUUACAUUGC